GUAAUAACAGGUUUUGUGAGUGGAUUUCCCUUCAUCAGGGCAUUAGGAAUGUGGCUUUGAGGAGUAAAACAUGACUGGUGCAAUUUCCACCGAGUUUCCCCAACUUACUCUUGCCAAUUUUGAGGACUUCCUGACCUCUGAUGAUCUCUUUGUUCAUGCGUUCAACACAUUUUUAAGUCUGCCGUCUUUCCCGCAGGCUUUGCUGUACAAUCAGGAAACUGAGCAGUUUGAAGUGGUCAGCAGAGCAGCUGAGUUCAAAAUCAACACAAUCAGAACAGCACUUGAACACAGAAAAUCACAACUUGUCACCAAUGACCCCACGAAAAAAACAACUCCAGUUGUCGACAACCAUUACACUGUCUCUUGCCUGGACCGACAACAGGGAAUUCGGUGGAUCAAAAAGAAGAAACUGCCAUAUUUCCUUCAAAGUAGUUGCUACCAUGAGUACAGAUUAGCCAAGUUGUUGUUCCAGGGGGUACGUGAUGUAAAUUACCACAGGAGAAUAUGCAGCUCUUGUCUAUCCACCCGAUCCCCCACACACUGCGACAAAGGAAAUAACAAUGCCUUAAAUCUACAUGGAGGUUGUGUGAGAAUACAUCAGCCUGUGUCCUUUGAGCAGAGCAGACAAAUCUACACGCACUGCAGUGAAUCGUCCAGAUGUUCCUCCAGAUUCUCCAAAUACUCUUUCACUUGCUCUUUCUCCUCCACCUCAAACCUGAAAUGUGCUGCUGGCACUGACAUCUCAGAACCCUCAGCCUCAUCUGGAGAGAAGCCACUUGAGGAUUCCCUGGCUGCUGAAGUUGUUCAACAUGUGAUUGAAGAUGCUGUAUACAUGUUGACUGCACAGAGCCAAGCAAACACAACUCACCCUUCCCAGAAUGCCAAUACAAAUAGAUGUUGCAAGUGCAAAGGUGGGUUAGAAGAUGAGAAGAAGAAGAAAGAAAACUUCCAAGAAUGCCAAAAAUGGAGUGGUGACAAAAUACAGCUUGAAUGUGAUAAGACAAUGUCUGAGAGGAGUUGGAGCAGAGAAUGGGAAACUGUCUUUGAUGUUUGCUGCCAUGGUACCUGUUGCCAAGGCAACAAACCUGCCAUUGAUGGCUUAAAGGAGUUUUUGCAAGGCACACCAGGAGGCAAGUUGUUAAAUCUGUGGUUUGACAUAGAGAGACUGAAAACAAUAACAAACUCAGAGCGCAAGAACAGCUUUUUGGCCGUAAUGAGAAGCCGCUAUCUCCUAAGCGGCAGUCAGAACUGUCUGAACAGGGAGCAGCUCUGCACGCUGUGGCUAUCUACCUCCGUCUGCUGGACAGAAGAGAACAUGCGUGCCAUUCAGCCUAACCUCACAGAGUCACUCAUCUCCUACUGGUUUCCUCGCUACUGUACAUCCGUAUAUGUCCAAAAAGACAUGUGUGUCAGCCCUCUUUCUGCCUUAAUGACCCCCGCUUCACUCUGCCCAGACAGCUUUCUGCAUGGCGGAUCCUUGCAUACUGUUCACACACCUUCUAUAUGUGGCAAAAGCCAAUCAGAAGACUGCAAAAUAAAGGAAAAGAUGCUGCAGGCGCUGUUUGUCGACUCUCAUUCUGGCUCAUACUUCACACACUUCUGUGAGCAGUCUGGAAACCAGAUGUGGGAAAAUACCGUUUACUUUUGGAUUGACCUCCAGCACUAUCAUGAGCUCUUCUACCAGGAUGGAUUGGAUCCUUACAGAGUGCAGAGAGUGGCUCAGCUCCUGUACUCCAAAUAUCUCCUCAGCUCUGCCAGGAGGAGCAUUGGCGUGACAGAGGAGGUCAGGAGGGAGGUGUACGGCGCGAUGAUGCCGGCUUUUGAAGAACUCUUUGAUAAAGUGGAGGACCACGCCUUGAACAUUCUCAUGGAGGCAUGGACAGAGCUGGUUGACCAGGACCAAGAUUCCUUCCUGCAGGUGUGUGUUCAUGAAGUGGAGCGCUGUGUUGACUGUUGGGAAUACAGGGAGCUUCAGAACUUACACACAGAAUCUAACCAGCAAAUACAACAGGUAAUGACAUUGCCGUCUAAUACUUCACCUGAGCUUUCCCCUCCGGGCAACCGGGCCCUGGACUCUUGGUCCAACGUGCCUCGACAGUACCAAGGUUACCGUUUAGGCUCCUUGUUUCGACAUUGUCAUGAGAUCCGGCACUUUAUGUCCUUUCUCCGGGAUAGUGAUGUCAGUAUCCACUUGGAAUGCUGGCUGGACCUGGAGCAGUACAGGAGGACCCCUCAGAGGAACAAAGCAGUGAAAGAGGGACGAUCUUUGCACAUUGCCAACAAAUAUCUCAACAAGAAGUACUUUUUUAGUAGCCACAGUCCCGCCACAACAGAGCAGCAAAAUAAUGUGUUACACCUGGCAGGUGGACAGGAGCGUCUGAAGCGUGAGUGUCUCUCAAAGCAAGUUACUGUGAAGAUCCAGGAUAUCAUCAGGAGUCACAUUGAGAAAACGUGGCUGCCUCAGUUUCUGGCCACAGCAGAGUUUAUAGAGCGACAGAAACACAAACCAAAGCCCAGCUCUGAAGAACACAAGACAAGAAAAGAAGUGUGGAAGACUCAGGGCUUGUGGAUGAGUUCCUCCAAGGAGAUCCUUCUAUUCCGACAGCUUCUCCUCAGCCCUGCCUCCUCUUUGCAGUUCCAGCACUUUGUGGCUGUCAAGGGCGACUUCCUGGAGAAUGACGUGCGCUUUUGGCUGGAGGUGCAGAGGUACAAGGACCUUUGUCAUUCUCACAGCGCACAGGCCGUAAUCCAACAAAAGAUUUCCACAAUCAUCGACUGCUUCAUCAACUCUUACACACCUCCAGCCCUGCAGAUAGACAUCUCUCAGGAACAAGCGCAGCACAUUCUGGACAAACGCCACCAGCUGGGCCCUUACAUCUUCAGAGAUGCGCAGAUGUCCGUGUUCAGGGAGCUGCUCAGGUUUUGGCCUGACUUCCAGGAGCUGAGGAAUGGUGUGGACAAAGGAAAGCUCCUGGAGAUGCUGCAGGACAAGCGAAGCAAACAUAAAGCCAGAGUACGGAGACGCAGGAGGAGAGAAGAGGAGGAGAGGAGAGCCCAGGCUGAGCUAAAACCGAUGGAUUCCAGUUGUAGUGAGGAAGAAGACGUGGCAGACAAGAAAAAUGCAGGAAUUCCUCGAGGAGGUGAAAAGCGACUAUUGAGGACGCCGAGCAACUUGGAUAUUUGUUCCCCAGAGCCAUUGUCCUGGUCCUACUCUAAAUACAUGAUGGUUCUGAAGAGAGAGGAGGCGCUGCUCAAGAGGCAGAGGCAGAAGGAAGCUUCCUUCUCCACAUGCUCAGUGUCCUCCGAAGGCAGCGUGAGGUCAAGAGGAAGUGAGCACAGUCGCCGACAUCUUUCACGCUCGUCCAGAUCAGAUGUGAAAUAAUGUCAACAAUGUGAUGGGAUCCUGAAAAGGUGUGUUAAUGUUUGCGCUCUGGCACCAUCUUUUGGACGUGCUCACUUACUGCAGGUGCUGCGGGUUUCAUUCCUAGAGUCCAAAGUAAACCCUCCACAGCGUUUUCUGCUUGUAUAGAUUUUUCCAUCAUCACUCCCAACAAAGUUUGUAAGAUUUACAAUUUAACAAACGAUUCAUACUUGCUAAUCCAUCCCAAGUGUGAUGUCUGUAGGAGUGUUUAUGCAUAUUUUGGUGCAUGCUAUUGUAAUGCAAUCAAGCUUGUGUCGUUUCCAUCAGCGAAUAUGCUAACACAUUUACAAGUGUCUCUGUUAGGAUUAUCAACUCACAAUGGAAUAAUUUUGUAUUGUUUCACCAAAACAUCAACGUAGUUAUUGAGUCUAUUUAGCUGAUUGGAGAGCUACAUUUUGCAUCUAGUGGGUUCAUAAUGACUUCUGUUUUGUUUGAUCAGCCUUUUUUCUGCAGUGUGACUGACACGGUUUGGAAACAAUUAAGACAUGUAAAUAAACUUUUACAACAUU